UUUGAAUAAAAUUGGUGAUGAAGGUGCAUCAGGCUUAGGUUCUGCUUUAGCAAAAUGCAUUAAUCUCUUAAAUUUGACACUUGACCUUCGUAACAAUAAUAUUGGUGAUGAAGGUGCAUCAGGCUUAGGUUAUGCUUUAGCAAAAUGCAUUAAACUCUCAAAUUUGAGACUUAAACUUGGUUACAAUAAAAUUGGUGUAAUCGGUAGAUCAGGCUUAGUUUCUGCUUUAACAAAGUGCAUUAAUCUCUCAAAUUUGACACUUAACCUUUCUUCCAAUGAAAUUGGUGCAAUCGGUACAUCAGGCUUAGGUUCUGCUUUAGCAAAGUGCAUUAAUCUCUCAAAUUUGACACUUAACCUUUAUAACAAUGAAAUUGGUGAUGAAUGUGCAUCAGGCUUAGGUUCUGCUUUAGCAAAGUGCAUUAAUCUCUCAAAUUUUACACUUAAGCUUUAUUCCAAUAAAUUUGGUGAUGAAGUUGCAACAGUCUUAGGUUCUGCUUUAGCAAAGUGCAUUAAUCUCUCAAAUUUGACACUUAACCUUGGUUCCAAUAAAUUUGGUGAUGAAGUUGCAACAGUCUUAGGUUCUGCUUUAGCAAAGUGCAUUAAUCUCUCAAAUUUGACACUUAACCUUGGUUACAAUGAAAUUGGUGAUGAAGGUGCAUCAGGCUUAGGUUCUGCUUUAGCAAAGUGCAUUAAUCUCUCAAAUUUGACACUUAACCUUUAUUACAAUAAAAUUGGUGUAAUCGGUAGAUCAGGCUUAGUUUCUGCUUUAACAAAGUGCAUUAAUCUCUCAAAUUUGACACUUGACCUUGAUAACAAUGAAAUUGGUGAUGAAUGUGCAUCAGGCUUAGGUUCUGCUUUAACAAAGUGCAUUAAUCUCUCAAAUUUGACACUUUACCUUGG